AUGCCGAGCCUCCCGGCCCCGCCGGCCCCGCUGCUGCUCCUCGGGCUGCUGCUGCUCGGCUCCCGGCCGGCCCACGGCGCCGGCCCCGAGCACCCCGCGCUGCCUAUCCGGCCCGAGAAGGAGCCGCUGCCCAUUCGGGGAGCAGCAGGCUGCUCCUUCGGCGGGAAGGUCUAUGCCUUGGACGAGACGUGGCACCCGGACCUGGGGGAGCCCUUCGGGGUGAUGCGCUGCGUGCUGUGCGCCUGCGAGGCGCCUCAAUGGGGUCGCCGCGCAAGGGGUGCAGGUAGGGUCAGCUGCAAGAACAUCAAACCCGAGUGCCCAACCCUGGCCUGUGGGCAGCCGCGCCAGCUGCCUGGACACUGCUGCCAGACCUGCCCCCAGGAGCACAGCAGUCCGGAAAAGCAGCCGACGGGCCUGGCCUUCGAGUAUCCACGCGACCCAGAGCACCGAAGCUACAGCGACCGCGGGGAGCCAGGAGCUGAGGAUCGGGGGCGUGGAGACGGCCACACGGACUUCGUGGCGCUGCUGACAGGGCCAAGGUCGCAAGCGGUGGCGCGGGCUCGAGUGUCGCUGCAGCGCUCCAGUCUGCGGUUCUCCAUCUCCUACCGGCGGCUGGACCGUCCUACCCGAAUCCGCUUCUCUGACUCCACUGGCAGCAUCCUGUUUGAACACCCUGCAGCCCCCACCCAAGAUGGCCUGGUCUGCGGGGUGUGGCGGGCAGUGCCUCGGUUGUCCCUGCGACUCCUUAGGGCAGAGCAGCUGUAUGUGGCACUUGUGACACCCACUCACCCUUCAGGGGAGGUCUGGGGACCUCUCAUUCGGCACCGGGCCCUGGCUGCAGAGACCUUCAGUGCCAUCCUGACCCUGGAAGGCCCCCCACAGCCUGGCAUAGGGGGCAUCGCCCUACUCACUCUCAGUGACACAGAGGACUCCUUGCACUUCCUGCUGCUCUUCCGUGGACUCCUGGAGUCUAGGAGUGGGGGACCAGCCCAGGUUCCCCUGCGUCUCCGGAUUCUACACCAGGGGAAGUUACUGCGAGAGCUCCAAGCCAAUGCCUCAGCCCAGGAACCAGGCUUUGCUGAAGUGCUGCCCAACCUGACAGCCCAGGAGAUGGACUGGCUGGUGCUGGGGGAGCUGCAGAUGGCCCUGGAGAGGGCAAGUGGGCCAGGGCUACGCAUCAGUGGACAUAUUGCUGCCAGGCAGAGCUGCGAUGUCCUGCAAAGUGUCCUUUGCGGGGCGGAUGCCCUGAUCCCAGUUCAGACGGGUGCUGCGGGCUCAGCCAGCCUUACACUGCUAGGAAACGGCUCCCUGAUCUACCAAGUACAGGUGGUAGGUACAGGCAGUGAGGUGGUGGCCAUGACGCUGGAGACCAAGCCUCAGCGGAGGAACCAGCACACUGUCCUAUGCCACAUGGUUGGACUCCAGCCGGGAGGACACAGGGCCGUGGGUAUCUGCCCUGGGCUGGGUGCCCGGGGGGCUCAUAUGCUGCUGCAGAACGAGCUGUUCCUGAACGUGGGCACCAAGGACUUCCCAGAUGGAGAGCUGCGGGGCCACGUGGCUGCCCUGCCCUAUAGUGGGCACAGCACCCGCCAUGACACAUUACCUGUGCCCCUGGCAGGAGCCCUGGUGUUGCCCCCAGUGCAGAGCCAGGCAGCAGGGCACGCCUGGCUCUCUCUGGACACCCACUGUCACCUGCACUAUGAAGUGCUGCUGGCAGGGCUUGGUGGCUCAGAACAGGGCACCAUCACUGCCCACCUCCUCGGGCCUCCUGGAAUGCCGGGGCCCCGGCGGCUGCUGAAGGGAUUCUACGGCCCAGAGGCCCAGGGUGUGGUGAAGGACCUGGAGCCCGAGCUGUUGCGGCACCUGGCUCAGGGCUCUGCCUCCCUGCUGAUCACCACCAAGGGGAGCCCUCAAGGGGAGCUGCGAGGGCAGGUGCACAUUGCCAACCAAUGCGAGGUGGGUGGCCUGCGCCUGGCGGCAGCAGGGGACAAAGAAGUGCAGGUGCCUGGGGCUCUGGAGGCAGUAGCGGCCAUGGUGGCCCCACUGCCCGCUGUGCCGGGCCCAGACACCCCAGCGCCAGCCAAACCAGGUGGCCCCGGUCGGCUUCGAGACCCCAACACCUGCUUCUUCGAGGGGCAGCAGCGCCCCCAUGGGGCUCGCUGGGCUCCUAACUAUGACCCGCUCUGCUCGCUCUGCACCUGCCAGAGACGCACGGUGAUUUGUGAUCCCGUGGUGUGCCCGCCACCCAGCUGUCCAAGCCCGGUGCAGGCACCAGACCAGUGCUGCCCUGUGUGCCCGGAGAAACAAGAUGUCAAAGACCUCCCCGGGCUGCCAAGGAACAGGGACCCUGGCGAGGGCUGCUAUUUUGAUGGUGACCGGAGCUGGCGGGCAGCAGGCACCCGGUGGCACCCUGUCGUGCCCCCAUUUGGCUUAAUUAAGUGUGCCGUCUGCACCUGCAAGGGGGACACCGGAGAGGUGCACUGUGAGAAGGUGCAGUGUCCCCGGCUGGCCUGUGCCCAGCCUGUCCGUGCCAACCCCACUGACUGCUGCAAGCAGUGUCCAGUGGGGUCAGGGGCGCACCCCCAACUGGGGGAUCCCAUGCAGGCUGAUGGGCCCCGAGGCUGCCGUUUCGCAGGGCAGUGGUUCCCAGAGAGCCAGAGCUGGCACCCUUCGGUGCCCCCCUUUGGGGAGAUGAGCUGUAUUACCUGCAGAUGUGGGGCAGGGGUGCCCCACUGUGAGCGGGAUGACUGUUCACCGCCACUGUCCUGCGGCCCAGGGAAGGAGAGCCGCUGCUGCUCCCACUGCACGCCCCGGAGGCGGUCCCCAGAGACCAGGACAGUCCCAGAGCUUGGGAAAGAAGAUGAAGGCUCCUAG